AUGGUCGUACAAAUUUCAAUUUAUAGGAUGUCCAACGCCAAUGAUGAUUACGAUGAUGCCAAACACGAAGACUCUGAGGACGCUAAUGACCACAUGGAUGAAGGUGUUAACAAUGAUGUUCAACCGUCCCUUGAUUGCAUCGGUGCCAUUGAUGGAACCAUCAUACCAACUUAUAUUCCGGAAGAAGAGCAUGUCAAAUAUAGAUGUCGAAAAGGUUACCUGGCCCAUAAUGUGAUGGUGGCGUGUGACUUUGACUACAAAUUCACUUUUGUUUUGGCAGGGUGGGAAGGAAGCGCAAAUGAUGCGCGUAUUUUUGCUGAAACAUUGACGGACCCCACAAGCACAUUCCCGCGGCCGCCGGAAGGAAAAUAUUACGUGGUUGACUCGGGCUAUGCCAACGUGCCGGGAUUCAUGGCACCCUACCGCGGCGAUAGGUACCAUUUGCCGGAGUGGAUCCGGUCAAACAAGACCCCUAAAACUGCACGAGAGCUAUUUAAUAGACGGCAUGCCACUGUCAGGAAUGUGGUAGAACGUAGUUUUGGUAUACUAAAAGGUAAGUUCCCCAUUAUAAAAGGCUUGAUGCCAAACUACUCGCCUGAAUGCCAGACAGACAUGGUUAUCGCAUGUUGUGUUCUGCAUAAUUUCAUCCUUCAUCACCAAAAGUUCAAAAAUGUACCUCCUGCUUUACAUGACCCGGACUAUAUACCAGAACCCGAUGACGAUGAUCAUACUAGGCCCUUAAUGACAACUUUAGAUACCUCUAGAGUUGUUGUACAUGAACAGUGUGGUUUGCGCGACUCCAUUGCUGCGGCGUUAUGGGCCAACGAAGGUGGCCGACGUCAUUAG